AAUGUAAUAAUCACACUCCAGCUCUCUCUGUCAUCUCAAUAUUAACCACUGGAUCAUCUCUAUCUUUCUUUCCUCUUCAAUCCAUUAUGGCUCCACCUCCUGAAACCCAUGAUUCAAACCAAAACUAUGACAGAUCCAAAGAGGUGAAGCAAUUUGAUGAGUCCAAGGCCGGAGUUAAAGGCCUUGUUGACUCCGGCAUCACCACCCUCCCUCCCAUGUUCGUUAACCCACCGGAAGUCUUAGCCACCCUCAAACCCUCUCCCUUCACCGGAGCCGAAAUACCCACCAUCGACCUUGCCGGCAUUCACUCCCCAGACCACCGUAUCGCUGUGGUCGAGCAAGUGAAGCGUGCAGCCUCCACCGUGGGCUUCUUCCAGGUGAUCAACCACAGUAUCCCGGUUGAAGUCCUCGACGAGGCCAUCACGGCCAUGAAAGCCGUCCACCAGCUGCCGGCAGAGGUCAAGGCGCCGUUGUUUAAGAGAGAUAUAAAGGGGGUGUCACUCGUGUCCAACAUGGACUUGUACCAUUCUAAAGCUGCGUACUGGAGGGACACACUUCUGAUACAGUUCGCGCCGGUUCCGAUCAACCCGGAGGAGAUCCCAGAGGUUUGUCGGAAGCGGCUGAUUGAUUAUAACCAGAGAACUCUUCCGGUGAAGGACCUGUUGCUGGAAUUGUUGAGUGAAGGGUUAGGGUUAAGCAGAGGGAAGUUUAAGGAGCUGACAUUUGGAGAAGCGGUGACCCUGUCAGGUCACUACUACCCGUAUUGCCCUCAGCCGGACCUCACGAUCGGGUUCCGGUCGCAUACCGACCCGGGAGUGUUGACUUUGCUGCUGCAAGACCACAUGGGGGGGCUUCAGGUGAAGUACAAGGAAGGUUGGGUUGAUGUCAAACCAGUCCGUGAAGCCCUAGUUGUCAACGUUGGAGAUUUGCUUCAGAUAAUAUCGAAUGAGAAAUACAAGAGUGUGGAUCAUAGAGUUUUGGCGAGCAAUGCUCGAGAGGCAAGAGUUUCAAUAGCGACGUUCUUCAACCCAGGGGCUGCAGAGAGUGUGUACGGACCUCUGGAGGAGCUGACGUCAGCAGAGGACCCACCUCGUUUUCGACGUGUCACCUACAAGGAUUACAUGCACAAGUUCUUCAACAAGGAAGUGGAUAACACGUCUCAGACUGACUACUUCAGGAUAAUCAAGACCCAUGCAUCGUAAAUAACAGUAAACAAUAAGAUUUCGACUGCUUGACUUUGAUCUGUCGCAUGCUGUCAGGUUACAUGCAAACAAAUCAAAAUUGGCUGUUGAAAUGAAAUUAAAUUGAAAAUCAAAGACUAUACUGAAUAGGAAGCUAUAGUCGAGGUGGACUAGUCCUCCUAUCCUUUUAAUUUGUUUCUCUUUUCUUCACUUGAAUAGUAAUGCUUAGGGAGAUCAUCUACUAAUUAAGUUAAAUCAUCAGUUAGUUAUAAUUUACAAAUAAAAUAAGUGUGGCUGCUUCUGUAUUUUCGUGUGUAUUGUAAUUGAUACGUGUUUGCCCUAAAGAAGGUAAACCUGCGUCGUGUAAACUUAUAUGCAUACAAACUUUUGUACUGAAGUCUGCAUAAGUUUGUAUUGAUGAAGAAUUAAUUAAAUAAAUAAACUUUUAGCUUA